GACUGGUCCGAAACCUCGCUAGUUACUAUGCGUUUUAUGCGGGUGAGGAGCGGUAUGAUGACGAUGGCGAAUUUGAUUAUAAAGGAGUCGGCGCAAGUGCCAGUAUGAUUUGUUUACACCCCUAGGCUUGACGACAUCUUUAUAUGCAGGAUCAUCGACGAUACUGUAUAUCUCAUGUGCGAUGGCGAAUAUCUCUGCUACCUGAGCAGCGAAUGCCCAGGGAUAUCAACCAAGCCAGAGCUUCCUGAAAAGCAUGAGAGGUUACAUAUGGAAUUCGACGGAAAUGCGCUUAUUUUCUCGCGGUGGAGCGAAUUUGGAUAUGCCUAUGAAGACUGGGUUGAUCAUAGAGGCUACACAUCAUUUCCAUGUGUAGAUGAGGAAGAAUAUUACAAUGCUCGUAUGAAACUAUACAUUGUCAAAGAUUAAGAUAUAAAACAAUCUUUAAUACACCAGUUCUGCUGCAUAAUGGAUGAAG